AUGUCCUUCCCCGGCUUCUUAUACAGCCAGCUCAUCCAACGGCUGCCCUACCCAUCAGGCUCGCACGCCGGCCAGACCGUCAUCGUCACAGGCAGCAACGUCGGCCUGGGCAAAGAAGCAGCGCGCCACUUUGCCCGGCUCCACGCCAAAAAGGUGAUACUCGCGGUGCGCAGCCUCGAAAAGGGCGAGGCCGCCAAGCAAGACAUCGAGAGCAGCCUACGCGAUGCCGGCGGCGCAGGCAGCACGACCGAGGUGCACGUCUGGCCGCUCGACAUGGCCAGCUACGCCUCUGUCGAGGCCUUCGCCGCCCGCGCCAACUCGGAGCUGAGCCGGCUCGACGUCCUCGUCGCCAACGCGGGCAUCGCAUCGGGCAGCUACUACACCGCCGAGGGCAACGAGAGCAUGGUGACGGUCAACGUCGUGUCGACCUUUCUGCUCGCCGCCCUGGUCCUCCCCAAGAUGAAGGAGUCGGCGAGGCAGUUCGGCACCAGGCCCACCCUGACAAUCACCUCGUCGGGCGUGCAUGCCGAGGCGGCGGACCUCGUUGCGCGGGCCGCCGCCGCGGGGGAGCUGUGGCCCCUCGUCAACGACCGGCAGACGGUCGAGGCGCACUUUGCCGCGCAGUACCCUGCGUCCAAGCUGCUCGAGAUAUUUGGCGUCAGGGCCAUAGGCGAGCAGAGCCCCGCGGCCGGGUUCCCCGUCACUAUUAACUGUGUCGACCCUGGGCUUUGUCACUCGGAGCUGGGCCGGGAUUAUCCCACCUGGGGGUUCUGGCUGCUGAAGCUGCUUCUGGCGCGCUCGACUGAGGUUGGGAGUAGGAAUCUGGUGGCUGCGGGCUCCAUGGGCCAAGAGUCCCACGGCAAGUAUGUGUCGGACUGUGUGGUCGCUGAGCCGUCGGCGUUUUUGGACAGCGAGGACGGACGCAAGGUGCAGAAGAUGUUUUGGAAAGAGUUGACGCAGAAGCUGGACGAGAUUAAGCCUGGUGUUUCGGGGAACUUUUUGUAA